AUGAUUGAUUACAAAACAUGCGAUGCCUAUCUAUUGUUAAUUAUUUUAAAAAUUCAAUCAGCUUUUCUAUUAAUAUUUGGUUUUAUGGCCAAUAUAAUAGCAUUCAUUGUUUUAAUUCAACCACGUUUACGUCGACGUCCAACAUUUUCUUAUCUUGCCUAUUUAUCGUUAUCUAAUGCUCUAUUAUCAUUGAUACAUGCUGUUUUUUCAAUAUUAGGUGUUUAUUUUAAUUUAACAUUAGAAAAUCUUCCACUUAUCUAUUGUCGAUUUUUCAAUCGAUUUUCAAUCGAUUUUCUUACACAUUUUUCUCUUUAUACUUUAACGGCCGUGGAUAUUGAACGUAUACGAGCUGUCACAUCGAAAUCUGUACCACAAACAACGAACCAUCGUCGUUCACGUAGUACAGGUAGUUCAGCAGCAUUUGUUCGAGUAUGUUUCAUUCAAUUUUCAAUAGCUAUUAUUCUUAUUAUUAUUAAUUUGCAUUGGUUAACAUCUUACGGUUAUAAAAGUCAAACAAAUAAUAAUAAUAAUAAUAAUACGGAUGAUCAUAUAGCAACAAUGUGCGCAGUUGACAUUACAAAUCAGACAUCUUAUUAUGUUCAAUAUUUAACAUCAGUAUUACCCAUAAUAGAAUGUAUUCUUUUUGGUAUAAUUCCAUUUACAAUUAGUGUUUUAGCUACAAUUAUUAUUCUGAAACAUGUAUCAACAAAAUAUUCACUAUCUUAUAUAAAUAAUCAUUUAAAAAAUUCUCGCCGACGACUCGAAUUACAUUUGAGUAUAUUGUUAAUAUCCUUAAAUGUUGUUUUUAUUCUAUUUACAACUCCACACAAUGUUUAUAAUGUCUAUAUGGGCAAUUUACAUCGUUUAUUGGGCAAAAAUAUCGACUAUGAAUAUAAGGCAUUAUGCAAAGCAGCAGAAAUUCAAAAAAUUCUAGAUUUACUUCAACAAUGUUAUUUUAUGUCAACAUUUUUUCUUUAUAUAUUGACAAAUCGUCGAUUUCGUGAAGAAUUUUGUGAUUUUUUUUUAUGUUACAAAUCAAACUCAUCAUUAUCAACAAAUGCAACAACGCCACUAACCAAAUUGAAUGAUACUAACCACACAACAUGUAGAUAA